AUGAGAUUGACCAAGAGUGUCUUCCUGUGUUUGGCCGGGGCCGGCGCCUAUGCGCAAGCAGACGAGGUCGACGUUCUCGUUGUGGGUGGAGGUGCAACCGGAGCUUAUGCAGCUGUCCGGCUUCGGGAGGAUUACAAUAAAACAGUCUUGGUCGUUGAGAAGGCGAACCGGCUGGGUGGUCACGUCCACGCCUACUCAUCGGGCAACGGUCGACCAGUAAAUUACGGUGUCCAAGCAUACCUGAAUCGUCAAACAACCGCGGACUUCUUCAAGCGUUUCGAUGUGGACCUGAUCAACCCUGAUCUCACCGAUUAUAUCGAACUCUUGCUCCUGACGAAGAACGUCGAUUUCAACACGGGUCUACCUGUUGACGUAGACUAUGGCCCAGUCGACCUGCUCGGUAUACCCAUUGGCCUGCUGAGGUAUCUCGCCCUAGCCAUCGAAUACCAGCCGUGGUUCGAGAAUGGCUACUUCCAGACCGGUGAUGUCCCCGAAGAUCUGCUGCUGCCAUUCGGCGAGUUCCUGGAGAAGCACGACCUUGGGGCUUCCCUGGGAAUUCUUCGAAACCUGCUCUGGCUCUCGGACGCGCUCACAACUCCCACCUGGUUUGUCAUGUCCGUGGUGGGAAAGCCGCAGAUCGCUGCCUUUGGACUCGGAAUCACCGGGCCCUCCUUCAAAUGGCCUGAGACCUACUCAUCGGAGACGCUCUUCGAUCGGGUGCUCACACUCUUGGGCGACGAUGUCCUGCUUCAGUCUACUGUUGCUUCAAGUCAACGCACCGACAGUGGCGUCAGCGCCACAAUCCAGACACCAUCAGGGCAGCGAACAGUGCAGGCGAAGAAGUUGCUCAUCGCCGCGACCCCGUCGCCGGAUAACACCGCCCCGUGGGACCUAGACGAGACGGAGACGACCCUCUUCAACAAGUUCUCAUGGGAGACGCUCUACGUCGGCGUCGUCAACAACACGGGUCUCCCAUCGGACGUCACCGGCAUCCGCAACUCCCCCAAUAACUCCUCGGCCUUCUACCUGCCCGAGGGCUCCUUCUGCGACGCCUUCGACCGCCAGGGGGACCGCGACCUGUUCAGCACGCGCAUCAUCGGGAAGGCCGGGCUCUCCGCCAACGACGCUGAGGCCCUCAUCACGCAGUCGCUCACCACAAUCGACCAGGCGGGCACAUACGAAAUUGGAUCGCCAGCGGUCGUGGCUUUUGCUGACCACGGCUCCACUGUGCCCAAGGUCUCCCCCGAGGAUCUGUCGGCGGGCUUCUUCAACCAGCUGUACGCACUUCAGGGCCAGCGCAAUACGUACUGGACUGGCCUUGCUUGGGCGCCCGAUUACACUCCCAUACUUUGGGAUUUCACCGAGAAGCUGCUUCCGCGGAUUGUCAAUGGUCUUUGA